AUGGCGCUUGCUAAUGUGGAAUCCGCUUUCAAAAAGUUAUCUUUAACGGUCUCUCAAACUGCGCUCUGCAUUGUCCCGCCAGAACAUCUCUGUGAAGAGAUCAAUUAUCUGAGAUCAUCCUACGACCAAUCAUAUGAGCGCUGGCCCCCUCAUAUCAGUCUCCUUUAUCCAUUUGUUGCCGUCGAGUCACUUCCACAAGCAGCUUCACUAAUUGGGGCGAAGCUGAAAGCGCUGCAGGGAACUUCUCCGCCCCUGGAUGUGCACGUUCGACUCGAGGGUGCCAGCUCAUUUUGCCCACGGAAAGGAAAUAUCAUUCAUUUAGUACCACAUGAACCCAACAAGGGGUGGUCUCUGAGGAAUCUCCAAGAUUUUGUUGUUGAGGCUUUGGGGCAGCAGGGAACAGUGGCUGAACAGAGCUUUCAUCUGACGAUUGGGCAGACCAAGGCGAACGAUGACCAGUCACGGGACUCUUUGGUCUCAAAGGCAGAUUUAUUAUCUGCCAUUCAGUGGAAUGUCGAGGAGCUGGUGGUUCUUGUCCGUGAGAAAGUUACCAUUCAGGGCCAAAAAAUAACCCGGAUGCGGGUCUGGGGUACGAUCGACCUCUCUGGAAACGUCACACCCAGCGAAUCGGAAUCGCUGGAAACAGGAGAGUUUUCAGAUAUUAUUAGUCCACCAGAUACUUGCACUUCUCUGCCGAUGCCAACGUAUGAAUUUUGUCCAGGCACCCAGCUCUGGGAGCCUUGCCCGUCGACAAACGACCAAGGCAUAGAAACGUCUUUAACACCGGAUGCCCUAUCGAUUUCAAGCUACAAUGUACUGUUAGAACGGCUUCAUCCACCCCCUCGGGAGAGGUAUCCUGCUUUAAUUCGCAGCAUACUUUCAAACUUUGCCCUGGCCGAUGUUCUUGUGCUACAAGAAGUCUGCGACGACUUCUUAUCACAUCUUCUAUCUCAGCCUCAAAUUCGAACAAGUUAUCCAUUUGCUACACAUGGUCCACCUUACCAGAAUGGGUGCAGGCCAUUGCUCAUGCAAAGAAACAAUGUGGCAUUAAGUCGCUUCAAGUUCAGUUGGGAGAACUAUUCCUUUGAGGAACGCUACAAAAAUGCUAUAAUCAUGAAACUAGACAUUUUUAAUAAGCUUGAUGAAAAUCCAGGCUCUUCAUCACUGAUAGUUUCCGGUGUCCAUCUGACGUCUGGCUUGCAUGCUGCGAGAGUACAUGAAAAAGAAUCUCAAAUUCGCUCUUUGUAUCGUUUUCUAGACCAGAAAUACCCGAACAGCCCAUGCAUUAUUACUGGUGAUCUGAACAUCCCUACAUCCACUCUCACUAUAAAGAGAGCUUUGGAAGAAAAUGUACUCACUCCUGAAAAGGAAAUGAAGCUCUUGCAGCUGGAGGAGCUGCUCUAUGAAUCCCGUUUCCAUGACGCCUGGCUCGUUGCUCGUGCCAGUGGAAAGGAUACAUCGGCUACCGUGCCAAACUACCAGGUCGGUGAGGACCUGAUCGAAGGGGAGCUAGGCGGCACUUUUGAUCCAGGUCGAAACCCACUUGCCGCCGCAUUGGGUGGCAAAGAUGGGCGACCACAGAGAUAUGACAGGAUAUUAGUCGAUGGUCAAAAAACACUUAAAAUAAUAGAGUUUAAUCUCUUCGGCUUUCCUGACCAUCCAUAUCCUAAUUGUAUCGAAAAAGAACAUCCCGAACUUGUGUUUGGGAGCGAUCACUGGGGUGUAAGGGCCAGAUUCGAAGUUUCCCAAAAAAAUAGCUUUGAUAUUUUGAGAUCCACACGGAAUUUUACCUUACCCUUAGCGCCCGCUCGUCUUUCAGAUACGCCGUCCCUUUUAUGUCUGGAAACGUGUAUGACAUUGCCUUCCAACGAAGAUGUGACUAGGCGAGAAGCUGUUCUUGAACUUCUUCGGAAUGUCGUGAUAAACGCUUCCCCUCAACAAAAGCAAAGUGACGAUCAAGACUAUCACGAAGCAGAAAUUGCAAUGAUCCUUGUUCCCGUUGGUUCCUAUGGAAUGGGAGUAUGGAGCCCAUCUUCAGAUAUUGAUUGUCUUUUUAUAGGGCCAAUCAGUUCUAAAACUUUCUUUGCUAUUGCUGAACAGCGACUCCGAAAAGCUGCCGAUAAGGAUAUAAGGAUUCUGCGAAAAGUGAAAGCAGCAACGGGAACCAUGCUGGAAAUUGAAGUUGAUGGCAUCAAAUGUGACCUGCAGUAUUGUCCUGCUGCGAGGGUUGUUGAAAGAUGGCCGACCAUAUCUCAAUUGCCGCAAGAUGACCCGACGUUUGAUUUAUCAUACCAAGCUUUGUCUAAGCUCCAGGCAUUUCGAGACCUUGAUUCCAUUCAGCGCUCUAUUCCAGAUAUGGCGUCCUUUCGAACAGCCCACCGUUAUAUAACAGCAUGGGCAAAGCAUCGUGGUAUAUAUCUCGCCAGGUUUGGUUAUCUUAGCGGGAUUCAUAUUACCUUAAUGCUGUCGCGAAUAUCUAAAUUACUCUCUUUUACCAAGGGAAGAGUCAGAUCAGCAGAUAUGAUCUGUGCAUUUUAUCAUCACUAUGCAAAUUUCGAUUGGGAGGGUGAAAUGGUUUUUGAUCCGUCCUCCGUCUUCUAUAACAAGCCAUACUACCGCCGGUAUCCAAACGAACCAAUGGUUAUUCUUACGAUACAUAAGCCAAUUAUCAAUGUCGCAAGGGCAGUCACAAUUUCGUCGGCUAGGACUAUCGUUGACGAGUUAAGACGAAUGAAUCGGCACAUAUCCAAUACUACCAUUUCCUGGUCAGAGAUUAUUUAUGGCAAUGAGCCCACUCUAGAUCCUUCCCAGGAGUUCUUGACAGCCUAUAGCAGUUUUAUCAAAAUCCAUAUUCAAUACUGGGGGUCAUCGCUUGCCAAAGGGAACACGCUUGUGGCCUGGCUUGAAUCCAGAUGCAUACGGCUUUUGAACGGUGAGAUUUCAAAUGAUAUCCCUCAGACUACUCCAGCUGACCUUUUCAUAGAUCUGAAUAAAAAUUUGCCAGGAAUCCAUGCGAGGAUAUGGCCUGCUCGAUUUACGCCUACUGAAAUGACGGAUGGCACCGAAUAUGAGGGAUGUUAUCUAAUUGGUCUCUCGAAGAAAGAGGCAAAAGGAAUUGUCGGUAGAAAGGAAGAGCGCGAGCAUGGUGUUGCCUCGCUACAGAGGGUUUUAUACCAGUUCAAAUCAAAAGCCCAAGAAGAAACGAAGUAUUUUGAUCCUACAGUGGCAUGGUUGGAUGUUACUCACACCAGGAAAGAAGAACUUGGUUCACUCAAGGUCGACGGAAGAGAAUGGGGGACUUACGCACUGACAGAGGAACUGUCAGAGUCUGAAGAUGAAGAUGAAGAGAAUGUUGAUUUCGAUUCGGACGCCAGCGCUAAGCGAUCGGCCCGCAAGCGCUCUGCACCCAAGGUUACGUCAAACAUGAUAGGCGCCAAGCUCCGACCGGCGGCAGAUAUUCUUAGCCGUCUUCGUUGGGAUCGGAAUAUGGACUCUAGUGAUUAUGUGGUUGGGUAUGAAGACCGUUUUCUAGGUAGCCUAGAAAUUCUGCUGGAUAAUUGGAAGACAGAACAAACAGACGAGGAGUUUAUUCCGCAGCACAGAAUCAUGUAUUUCAGGAGAAAGAGUGACGGGGUGGUCGUCUGGGAGAGGGAAAGCAAGAAAGAUCUGAUUUUUGGGAGUGGAGUGGGAAGGGUUGAGUAG